GCCCGGAAGUCGGCGUCUUGAGUCAUAGGAGUGAGCCACGCCGGGGCUGUGGGAAUAAGAUGGCGGGGAAGAAGAAUGUUCUGUCGUCCCUCGCAGUUUACGCGGAAGAUUCAGAGCCCGAGUCUGAUGGCGAGGCUGGAAUCGAGGCGGUGGGCAGCGCGGCUGAGGAGAAAGGCGGAUUGGUAUCUGAUGCCUAUGGGGAGGAUGACUUUUCUCGUUUAGGGGGUGAUGAAGAUGGUUAUGAAGAAGAAGAAGAUGAGAACAGUAGACAGUCGGAAGAUGACGAUUCAGAGACUGAAAAACCUGAGGCUGAUGACCCAAAGGAGAAGCUCGGCACAGUGACAGAGGCACCCAGGGCUCAGCAAGCUCAUGGCCCAGCUUGUUGGACUCAGAGGGCAGAAGAAUCACAUUCUAAACAUGACAAGGAUAAUACAGAAGCAGAAAAGCGAGACCCCCAGGAACUCGUGGCCUCCUUUUCUGAAAGAGUUCGGAACAUGUCGCCUGAUGAAAUCAAGAUCCCGCCAGAACCCCCUGGCAGAUGUUCAAAUCACUUGCAAGACAAGAUCCAGAAGCUUUAUGAACGAAAGAUAAAGGAGGGAAUGGAUAUGAACUACAUUAUCCAAAGGAAGAAAGAAUUUCGGAACCCUAGCAUCUACGAGAAGCUGAUCCAGUUCUGUGCCAUUGACGAGCUUGGCACCAACUACCCAAAGGAUAUGUUUGAUCCCCAUGGCUGGUCUGAGGACUCCUACUAUGAGGCAUUAGCCAAGGCCCAGAAAAUUGAGAUGGACAAAUUGGAAAAGGCCAAAAAGGAGCGAACAAAAAUUGAGUUUGUGACGGGCACCAAGAAAGGCACCACGACCAACGCCACGUCCACCACCACUACCACCGCCAGCACAGCUGUUGCAGAUGCUCAGAAGAGAAAGAGCAAGUGGGACUCGGCUAUCCCAGUGACAACGAUAGCCCAGCCUACCAUCCUCACCACCACAGCCACCCUGCCAGCUGUUGUCACGGUCACCACCAGCGCCAGCGGCUCCAAGACCACCGUCAUCUCUGCUGUGGGCACCAUUGUGAAGAAGGCCAAGCAGUGACCUGAGGGGCCACCGUAGGACUUGAAAGGACCGUGCAGCCCAGUGACCACUGCCCAGUGGGAGGCGCCACUUUGUAUAUUUCAGGACUGGGACCUGCUCCCCAGAUGCCACCUGAGAGGAGCUUCUGUUUGGCAUUCCAGAUGGAAGGACAGGCAGCACGGGAGCCAGGCGCUGUGGACAGGAUCUGUCCACGCACCACCUGGGUUCUGCCGCCUAUUAAAAGUGCUGUAUUCUUACCUCUUGGCAUCUCAGAUGCACUGGCCUCUCCUGCAUUCUGUUUGCAGGCAAAUGCUUCAGCUCACAUGUCCCCCAAGACUCAAUAGUCUUGGUUGGGACUAUUGCCUCAGGGUUGACAACAGGGUGAUGGAGGCCUGGGACGCUGUUCAGAGGGGUGACCCAAGAAGUCACCGUUGUUAUCCGUGUAUGCCUCUGGGCAUGGACAGGCGGGAGUCCCCGAGCCCCACGUAUGCCCCAUCUGCCGCCUUGAUCCCAAAACCCAGCCGGUUCUCGGGUGCUGGUGGAGCUGUGCGGGAGUCCCCGAGCCCCACGUAUGCCCCAUCUGCCGCCUUGAUCCCAAAACCCAGCCGGUUCUCGGGUGCUGGGGGAGCUGUGCUCCCUUGAGUGCACUUGAGCACUCCCCAGACCAGAUCACUUUUUGGACACACCCAGGCAGGCUUUUGAAGUCAAGCCAGUUUCCAGAAGGGCUGGGGUGAAAUCCCGACCUGUGCAGAGAGUAGGGAGGCGUCAGCGCCUGGCCAGGGCUGCCCCAGUCCCUUGGUGCCCGGUGAGCGCAGCCAGCAGGAGCUGAGCAGCGGGGGAGAUGAAUCACCUCCUGCCCUGGCCGGGCAGCAGCUCAUUGUUUACAGGCAAGCCCUGCUCCUGGGAGGGCUCCUGCCACCCCACCCUUCCUCUGUGUGUUAUCUCUGCCCCACAGCAGCCCCUGGGCAGCACCAGUGGCCACUGGGCUCCCCCCGGGGUUGAAACGGGUUUCCCAGACCAGGGUUUCAGAGGAGACUACCCUUCAUGAUCUUUGGCGAUUCUCCACUGGAGCGGAAGGGCUGUGUGUCAAAAGAAGGAAGCCAGGCUGUGAAGGGCCGUGUUGCUUUCAGUGGGUGGGCAGAGGUUUAGAAAGGUGGUUCUGAAAUUGCACCUGGUACUCUUGUGGGACCUGGGGAAUAUAAGGAACGCUGUGCAUGAGGUUUCAAAAAUGAAAAUUGAGUCCACUCUCCCCGUACACACACACUCGGGCACUUCAGGAGGUCAGUUCUCACCCCUUCCUCGAUGGGGCUUUAAAGCUCUGGGGAGAAGAGCUGCUCCCCACUCAUGCCCCAGAGGGACUGUGAAAAGCCUUCCUGUGACCUCCGACGGCGGCCCCUCAUUAGCCAAGGGCACUGUGGAUGUUUUGUGGGAGGCAGCAUGGCACCGUGGAAAGGGCAGUAGACGUGGAGCCGGCACCUCUGGUCUGGAUUCUGCUUAAAACCAGUUGAGUGGUCUCAAGCCCUUAACCUCUGUAAGCCUGUUUCUUCUCUGAAAUCACAGUAAUAAAGCGUUGUUAAGAUGGUUGGGAGGAA